GUUUGACAUUUGCUUUGUCGUCGUAGGAUUUGUUUUUGCUGAUUAGUUGGAACUGAAAUAUUUGUUUAUUUAUUUUAUUGAAGCUUUCUAAUUUUUCAUGAGCAAUUCAAAAUGAAGAAUCGAUUUAAUACAUACGAUAUAAUAUGUAUGGUGACAGAAUUACAGAGUUUGAUUGGCAUGCGAGUCAAUCAAGUGUACGACAUAGACAAUCGGACCUAUGUUAUACGGCUGCAACGCUCCGAAGAGAAGAGUGUCCUAUUGCUGGAAUCUGGCAAUAGAUUCCAUACGACACAAUUUGAGUGGCCGAAAAAUGUAGCACCAUCAGGAUUUACAAUGAAGUUACGUAAGCAUCUAAAGAACAAGCGCCUUGAAGCAUUAACACAGCUCGGCGUAGAUCGUAUUGUUGAUCUACAGUUUGGCUCUGGAGAAGCAGCAUACCAUGUCAUACUUGAAUUGUAUGAUAGAGGCAACAUUGUCCUAACAGAUUACGAGUGGACUAUUCUAAAUGUACUGAGACCUCAUGUUGAAGGUGACAAGAUAAGGUUUGCUGUCAAAGAAAAGUAUCCACUGGACAGGGCGAAGACAAACUAUGCGGCGCCUUCCAGUGACACUCUAAAGGAAAUACUGUCUAACAGUAAACCAGGAGACAACCUUAAGAAAAUUCUAAAUCCUAACCUAGAAUUCGGUGCGGCACUUAUAGACCAUGUGCUCUUGGAGAAUAGUCUGACUGGCAACAUGAAAGUUAGCGGAGACCCAAACAAGGGUUUCUCUAUAGAGAGAGACCUGGACAAACUGGUGACAGCACUGAAACAAGCCGAGAAGUUGAUGGAUGCUGCCAAAAAAGAAGUUUCCAAGGGCUACAUAAUCCAGAAGAAGGAGGAACGCCCUAACCCUGAUGGUGGGCAGCCAACGUUCCUGUUGGCCAACGUGGAGUUCCACCCACUGGAGAUGGCUCAGCACAAAGCCAUGCCGCGUGCGGAGUAUGAAACUUUUGAUAGGGCAGUCGACGAGUUCUUCUCCGCUUUGGAAGGACAGAAGAUUGAUUUGAAGACCGUCCAAGUAGAAAGGGAAGCAAUGAAAAAGCUCCAGAAUGUGAGGCGGGAUCACGAAAAGCGAGUGACGGAAUUGGAAGCCGUACAAGCGGGAGACAGGCUUAAGGCAGAACUGAUCACACGCAAUCAGCAUUUAGUAGACAGCGCUAGACUCGCCGUACAGACCGCGUUAGCCAAUCAGAUGUCCUGGGACGACAUAAAGCUUCUCGUUAAGACCGCUCAAGACAACGCGGAUCCCGUAGCGACCUGCAUCAAGGACCUGAAACUGGGCACCAACCACAUCACCCUGCUGCUGUCCGACCCUUACUCGCACGCUGAUGAAGGCGAUGAUGAGGAGGAGGAACUCCUGAAACCGAUGCUGGUGGACGUGGAUCUGUCGCUGACGGCUUUCGCUAAUGCUCGGAGGUAUUACGACCAGAAACGCAACGCCGCCAAGAAGCAGCAGAAAACGCUAGAGUCAGCAGAUAAAGCGCUUAAAAGCGCUGAACGUAAGACUAAACAAACGCUGAAGGAAGCCAGCGCCAUUAGCAGCAUUACUAAAGCUAGACGCACUUAUUGGUUCGAGAAGUUUCUGUGGUUCAUCUCCUCUGAUAACUAUCUGGUUAUAGGCGGUCGCGAUCAGCAACAGAACGAGUUGCUAGUGAAACGUUACCUACGUUCUGGUGACGUAUACGUGCACGCGGAGGUGACGGGCGCGGCGUCUGUCGUCAUAAAGAAUCCUACGGGGGAGCCCGUGCCGCCCAAGACUUUGGCCGAAGCGGGACAAUCGGCCGUGGCUUACAGCGUCGCUUGGGAGGCCAAGGUGGUGACCCGCUCGUGGUGGGUGUGGGCGCACCAGGUGUCCAAGUCUGCGCCCACGGGCGAGUUCCUGCCCACCGGCUCCUUCAUGAUCCGCGGCAAGAAGAACUACCUGCUCACAGAUCAUUUGGCCUUCGGAUUCACUUUCAUGUUCCGGCUUGAAGACAGCUGUAUAGAACGCCAUCGAGGUGAGCGUAGAUCUGCGCCCGUGGACGAUUCCGCCUCUGACGUCACUUCCGUGCAAGAAGAGGAGAUCCCGGUCUCCGAUGGAGAAGAUGAUGCAUCGGACAAAGAAGACGCGAAACCCACAAUCGAUCCCAAACUAGACACCAUUAACGAAGAACCAAAAACAAACCAUGAAGAUAAAAACAAAUCUCGAGACACAGAAACGGAAAAUGUCAAAGAUGAAGAAUUAAAGGAUGGAGGAACAGAGAAGGAGAGAGAAGAAGUAGACAAAGAAGGGAAUAGCAGUGACAGUGAUAGCGAUAGUUCAGAAGCGGAGUUUCCAAAUACUCAUAUCAAGGUGGAUCACGGCACCGGCGAAGUUAUUACGCAGUCUAAAACUAGGACCAUAUCAGAGGUGUCCGAUAAGAGUGAUGGAACUUCGCUCUCAUUCCCGUCCCUUCCGAAGAAGGGCGGCAAGAAGCCGCAGCGUAGCAAAGAGCAGAAGCAGCCGGAAGCGAAGCAGAAGGAGGGCAUGAAGCGCGGCCAGCGCGGGAAGCUCAAGAAGAUCAGGGAGAAGUACCGCGACCAGGACGAAGAGGAUAAGGAGGCCAUGAUGAAAGUGCUUCAGUCAGCGAAACAAGAGAAGGAAUCCAAGAAGGCGCUUAAAAAGGCGGCCGCUGCGAAGGUCAGCAAGCCGAAGGGACAGAAGAUCCCUCAACCCGCGCCCCUCAUACUGGAGGCCGAGUCUGAUGGCGAGCCGGAGCCCGAGCCUGAGUUGGAAACGGCUGGUGCCAGUGCUAACGACGAGCUACUGAGCCAACUUACCGGCUGUCCGUUGCCCGAAGACGAGCUACUGUUCGCUGUGCCCGUCUGCGGGCCAUACUCCGCACUACAUAACUAUAAGUACAAAGUGAAGCUUACCCCGGGCACCAGCAAGCGUGGCAAAGCGGCCAAAGCUGCGGUACAAGUGUUCCUACGUGACAAGAACGCUGUUCCGCGCGAGAGAGACUUAUUAAAGGCAGUCCGUGAAGAAAACAUCGCUAGAAACUUCCCGGGGAAGGUGAAGCUGUCGGCACCGCACUUGCAUAAACAUAAGAAAACGCUGCCCCGCGCGAGAGAGACUUAUUAAAGGCAGUCCGUGAAGAAAACAUCUCUAGAAACUUCCCGGGGAAGGUGAAGCUGUCGGCACCGCACUUGCAUAAACAUAAGAAGUAGAUAUUGACUCUAUUCAGUUGUUUUAAGGUCAAUUUUCCACCAAAAACAUACUUACAACAACUUGUGAAUCAUACGCUCGAUUAAAUUGUCAUAAGGUCUACUUUCAACUGGCAGACACAAACAGAAAAAGUAGAAAUGGUAAUGAACGUUCUUUAUUCACUCGUAUUAAGGACCAUUUUUCAGCAAUCAAUCGGUAUAAUUUAUGUGUUUCUCUAUUUAGUUGUUUUAAGUUCUCUUUUCCAACAAAUAGGAGUAGAAAUCAAAACAACAAACAAAUCAUACGCUCGAUUCACUUGUUAUAAGGUCUACUUUCAACUGGCAGACACGAACAGAAAAAGUAGAAAUGGUAAUAAACGUUCUUUAUUCACUUGUAUUAAGGACCAUUUUUCAGCAAUCAAUCUGUAUAAUUUAUGUGUUCCUACGCGACAAGAACGCUGCCCCGCGCGAGAGGGACUUAUUAAAAGCAGUCAGUGAGGAAAACAUCGCUAGAAACUUUCCGGGGAAGGUUAAACUGUCGGCACCGCACUUGCAUAAACAUAAGAAGUAGAUAUUGACUCUAUUCAGUUGUUUUAAAUUCUCUUUUCCAACAAAUACGAGUACAAAUCAAAACAACAAACAAAUCAUACGCUCGAUUCAACUGUUAUAAGGUCUACUUUCAAUUGGCAGACACAAACGUAAGCAGAAGAAGGGGGUAGAUAUCAUACUUUGUCCAUUAUUAUUAAGGACCAUCUUCAGCAAUUAAGAAGUAGUACUCACAGAAGUUGUUUUAAGGUCUCAUUUCCAACAAACAGAAGUGGAAACGUGUGAAUCAUACGCUCGAUUCAAUGGACAAGAUAUAUGCAAAAUUUGGCCACAAGGGGCGCUGUAAUCGCUUGACCCAACACUUCUAUGAAAUACAUACCUUAUUAUUAUUAUUUAUUGACCGCUAAAACACUCGGUUCGAUGACGUCAACUUUGUGUAUGCUAUGUAAUCAUCUGAAGGUCAAAUUAUUAACUUUUUUUACGUUCGCGAUAAAUUUAUAGUAUAAUACUUUGCAAAUUUCUUCGCUACUAAUCCUGAUUUUGUGUAAGUAUUGUACUAUUUUAUCCUGAACGUAAUAAAAGUAAGUGAUUUGACCUUCAUAUGAUUAUAGCAUACACAAAGUUGACGUCACACAGUAGACGUAAUCGAACCAAGAGUUUUGGCGGUAAAUUCAAAACCAUUAAAAAUAAAUUCAACUUUAAUUAGUCUAAUGGAGAAAAAAAUACAUUAAUUAAUUUAUUUUUAUUUUUCUGUGAAAUUGUUUGUCCCCAUCUGUAAAUCAAAGUCAGUUUUUAAAAAUUUGGAAAAUACCCUAUACCAAUAUCGAAAUCGUAACGUUUGCGAGUCCGAAAUGUCAUUGUCAAAUGUGUACUGAUUUGUAGUUCUCAUUACGUACGUUAUGGCGCUAAUGUUCAAUUGACAAUGACAUUUCGGACUCGCAAACGAUACGAAUUCGAUAUUGGUUCAUGCUAGGAGUACUGUUCACUCCCUUUUAGGGUAUAUUUGAGUUAUUAAAUCAGCUCUAACAUUUACUCACGAAAUACAUAAAGCUAUAGAUAUAUACAUUAUGUGAUACUUGUGUAAUAUAAAUAGUAGUAGUUGAAUUAUUGAAUAGUUAGUGUCUACAAUUUUGCUCAUUUUUAAUUAAUACAUGUAAAUGCUGUAGUAGCGCCGCCCUGUAUGCCCAUUCUUGUUCAACUGAUGUAAUUGUAUAAAAUAUUAUUAAUUAUUUUUAUGUAUAAAUAAAUUGCAAACACCCUUGCAGGGAGUCACAUGUUCUAUAUCUUUAUAUAUAUAAUUCUUCUGUGAGUGUGUAUGUCACUGAACUUCUCUUAAACGACUGGACCGAUUUUGAUGAAAUUUUUUGUGUGUGUUCAAGGGGAUCUGAGAAUGGUUUAGAUUCACAAAGACGUGUAGACAGGACAACGUCUGUCGGGUCCGCUAGUAUAAUAUAUUACUAAAUUGUCAUCUUUUAACCAUGUGACUAUGCAAUAAAGAAUUUGAAUUUGAAAAAUCACGAUUAAGCCUAUUCUAGACGGAUUUAAUCCAGCAUACCAACCAAGGUGACCUUGGUGGGAAGUUGGUUUCCAUCCGCGUUAUCAUUUUUGGCUACUCGGAUGUAAUCUACGCGCCAACACGUAAUCGUUGAAAGUCAAAUCAAAAUUUGGAUUACAUACUUCGUCUAGAUGGCAAUGGGCAAGGUCUCCUUGGUUGGUACGCUGGAUAACAUCCGUCUAGAAUAGGUCUAAUACUGAUGAAUAGAUUCUGAUAAAUUUAGUUUUGUAAAGAAACUAGCGGCCCGCCCUCGCUUCGCUUCGGUGUAGAGCUGAAUUGUAGACUACAGUUUUUGUUCUCAGGCUUGUAUUAUACACAAUGACAUUCAUCUAUGAUUCUUCUUUAUACCUGCAUGCAAAGUCUCAGCCCGAUCGGUUUAAAAUUGACAAAGUUUCAUACAAACUUUUAUUCCCUAUUUUAUCCCCUUGGGGAUAGAAUUGAUCAAAAUCGUUUCUUAACAGAUGCCUACGUCAUAAAAUCUACCUGCAUGUCAAAUUUCAGCCCGAUCCGUCCAGUGUUUUGGGCUGUGCGUUGAUAGAUCACUAUGUCAGUCAGUCACCUUUGAGUUUUAUAUAUAUAGAUGAUAAAAAACAAUUUGACGGUGAGAAGCUUUGUUGUUGCAAUAAAAUACGAGGGUACAAUAAGGAAUGCAAUGAUAAAAACAGAUUAUUAAACACAGUUUGUAACCACCAUAACACACUAAUUUCGUGAUUUUUUUGCUUACACAGACCACUAGAUAUGAGGCCAAAGCCUUACAUAUUUUUUUUCUGGUUAUAUAAAUACAACAGUUAAAGCUUGGAGCAAACAGAAGAAACUGUAAAUCUAUUAUAAGAGUAACAUUAUGUGUAGCAAGGUUUGAAAUUGAACGCAUUGUAAAACCCAGGUCGAACUCAAGUCAGUCUAUGAAAAUUGUUUCUAUUGAAGUGAUAUUAUUGUUAUUGUAAAUAUUAAUUCUGUUCAUUUAAAUAUAGUUUUGCAAGCGUUA